AUGACUGAAACUAGAGUAUUCGAGAGCUCAAACUCGUUUCUUUCAUUUAUUGAACGUGAACCAUCGUUUCGCAAUUUAACGAAGGAUGGGGGAGCUGCUUUUCUUUGGUAUCAAUUGGUUGCAAAACAUCUUUGCUCAACAGCCUAUGAAAUGGGUGCAAUCAACGACAUGAAAGCAGCAUUAACGGCCUUUUAUCGUGAUCAUCCAAAUGAGAUAGGAGUUAGCAUAUUGGAAUUAGUAGUACAAGAAUAUCGUGCUGAUGCGGCAAUAGUAUUAUACACUGAUGCACAAUACAAAAUCUCAAUGAUUCUCAAUAAAGCGCUGAAGAGUCAGGAUUUGGACGCUUUAUAUAAUCUUCGCGCAUACGUGCAUGAUCUCUCUGAUCAACUUUGUCACAAUGAAGAAGUUCAGCUUCAACCGCGUGACGCUGUCUUUCAUCUUUAUCACGGUCGACAUAUGUCGAAAAUUGACUUAGAACACCUGAUGGCUGCUUCCAAAGGUUCUCUUAUCUGCAUAAACGGUUAUUUAUCAACAAGUAAAAGUGAGGACGUUGCUAAACGUUAUGCACAUGAGGUACUCUUUGACAUCACUUACAACCCUUCACGUCUUACAUCUGUCCAUGCUGCUGAUGUUUCGCAAAAGAGUGCACAUCCGUUGGAACAGGAGGUCCUUUUUAAUCUAAAUUCUGUAUUUGAGCUGGGCGACAUUGAAAAUGAUGUCAACGCGGAUGUGAUACCCAAACAGAUUAUUCGCGUAUUCUUAACUGCGACUGACAAAGGAUCUGAAAUUCUCAAUAGAUACAUUGAAAUCAAGAAAAGCGAACGAUGUGAAAAUCAAGGUACUACUAUCGCCAAUCUUCUUGCCAUAAUGGGUGAAUACUCUAAAGUAAGUUUUAAACAAGAGUAUCUUGCAAUUUAUAGUUAGGGUAUCCUCUGAUUUGUUCUGAGCUAUUUUAAUUGGUGUUUAGUUUCUAGAUUUGAAUCUUUUCACCACAAGAUUCAUCAUGUAAUUCUUCAGAGGCCGAGAAAUCUUUCAGUUACACAAAGAUAUUCAAAAUGUACGAAUUUCGUAUACUAAGAAAACGAGUUUCUCACCUUUUUUACUCAUAUUAUUAUUACCACAUCUUAGAAGAAAACAUGACUUUCUGCUUAUAUAUUUAAGCUAUUUCAGAUACGUCACAAAAAGUCUGUUGCAAACAAACUACAAAUAGUCCGAAAAUGUGACCAAAACGUGCCUUAGCAUGAUAUAGAUUAGAAGUCUGAAUCUUGUGUUGCAGAAUCUGGCAAAUUAGAGGUUUUCCGAGUCGAAGUCAAACCAAAUCAACUCGUACCAGAAAGUUUUCUCUUUCCAAGUCAAGUAAUAUUUCUAAAAGUUUUUUGCAGCUCCAAUAAAGCCAGAUUGGUUCUCCAAAGAUUUUUCUCCAAAUCAGGUUAAAAAGCUUUUCAGCUCACUAGUGAGACUUGACUUAGACAUGGGGCAAAUCUGACUUGACUUUUUCAGUUCUCCUAUAUUCUUCUUACACCGAAUUCGUGCUUUGCACAAUGUUCUCUAAUUGAUUAGCACAGUUAAUAUGACGGUUGUCAUUCUUUAAAACAACAAAAUUGUGUAAAAUGUAAUUGUAACGAUUUUUUGUGUAUAAGACACAGUUGGAAGCCUGUCCUCUUGACGCUUUAUUGUUAUCAAUAAAAUCGCACGCCUACUGUACUUUUUUUCAGCUCUUAUAUACUAUCUCUUCGUAUACAAUGACCUUGAAAAAGUAUAGUAAUUACAAUAAGGGAAAUAUGGAUUUAGAGAAAAAGGCAGAUCAACAGUUCCAUUUCCGGUUACAUGUACGAGAAAACAACUGUAAUAAAUGAGUACGAAGAUCAAAUCGGAAAGCUUAUUGAUGAUGUUGACGCAAGGUACAAGGAAAGAGGAAAGCCCAUUACAAAGCGACAAGGGUACAUCAACAAUUCCGCUCUAGGUUACACGUGAGAGAAAAUAACAAAGAACGAAUAGAAGAGGUUAUCCUAAGACAAAUCGAUAAUGUUAGUACAAAGAGCAAAGAAAGAGAAAAGUCUAGAGGAAAAGGACAUUACGGGCAUUUCAUUUGGAGAGUAUCAACUUACGUCACAGUCAUGUAUGAUUUUGGAAUUGGGUUUGAAACGAAUUUGUUUAAACCAUGUGCUACGAACAUGAAACAAAACAAUCUAUAGUCAUCUGAAGGUAAAAAUGAUGCAUCAAAUUUUCUGAUAUAACUUCACUUUUAAUAAUAGCGCAUCAUCAUUUCAGACAAUCAUGCUGCUCUAAAGAAUGACUCGUUGGGCACUAUAUAACUCUUUGUACUAACAUUAUCGAUUUGUCUUAGGAUAACCUCUUCUAUUCGUUCUUUGUUAUUUGCUCCCACGU